CAGAAAAGCACAGAGGACCACCACAACUCAACACCUGCCGCUGCGACUACAAUGAAUCUCUCACUCGUGGACCCGUUCAUUCUUUCACAAGACUACCCAGAAUCAAAGACAUCACAUCUGCGAAGAGGCCAUGCAACCUGUGUACGAUAUAAUCGGAAAGGCGACUUUCUUGCGGCUGGACGCGUAGAUGGGACAGUGGUAAUCUUCGACGUCGAGACUAAUGGAGUAGCACGGAAGCUCAAAGGACAUACGCGGCAGGUCCAGUCGCUGAGUUGGUCGCGCGAUGGCAGAUAUCUGCUCACAGGGAGCCAGGAUUGGAAGUGCAAUAUUUGGGAUCUCCAGGAGGGGCUUAUAUUACGGACUGUACGCUUCGAAGCUCCGGUAUAUAUUGCAGAGCUUCAUCCGUGGAAUCACCUUAUGUUUGUUGUUGCCCUAUUCGACGCCCAACCCCUCCUUGUCGAUGCCUCCGGCACUCAAGUAAUCAAAAUGAACCUCUCCUCUGUCCCAAAACGCGCACAAUUAGAAGGCGAUGAUCUGGUAAGCGACAAACAGGCCGCGCAGGACGCCAAACAAUCUACGACAGUCUCGAUAUUUACGUCGACCGGGGACCACAUCUUGGCGGGUACAAACAAGGGCUGGUUGAAUGUCAUUGAGGCCUCUACACGAACGACGAUUUACUCGACCAAAAUAUGUACGGGCAUUGUGGUAUACCUAAGACUCACGAGCUCGGGAAGAGAUUUGGUUGUCAAUGCUGCAGAUCGAAUUAUUCGCACUAUCACACUGCCGAACUUUUCGGCGCCGGACUUGGAUCCUGAUACGAUUGAUCUGGAGAUAGAACAUAAAUUCCAGGACGUGGUAAAUAGGCUGAGCUGGAACCAUGUGGCUUUUAGUUCGACGGGAGAAUACGUUACGGCUAGUACAUAUAAUAACCAUGAUAUCUACAUCUGGGAGCGGAACCAUGGCUCGCUGGUCAAGAUCCUGGAAGGUCCGAAGGAGGAACAUGGUGUUGUGGAAUGGCAUCCUCACCGGCCGAUGAUAGUAGCAUGCGGCUUGGAGUCUGGUCGAAUCAAUAUCUGGUCCAUCAUCCCUCAGCAGAGAUGGUCAGCGCUGGCUCCAGAUUUCGUGGAAGUCGAGGAAAACGUUGAGUAUAUUGAGCACGAGGACGAGUUUGAUAUACAUCCACAGGAAGAGAUUCACAAGCGGAGACUGGAUGCGGAAGAUGACGAUAUUGACGUUCUUACCGUAGAACCAGUGAAAGGCAGCAUUUUGGAGGAAGAGAAUGCUUUCAGGAUGCCGGUGCAGUUAGAUCUGAUGGACAGUGAGAGCGAAGAGGAAUUCGUUGCCGUGGGACGAGGAGAGAUGAGGAGGAAGAGCCCGACGGAUGGGAGGAACUAUGCUCUUGAUGGUGGCGAGAUUGUGGGUAGUGCAGACGAAGGGGUCAAGAAGAAAAGACGUCGUUGAUCAGCGAUUCAUUUUAUACGGAGUUUUGGGUAGGAUGGGCGGGGUGGUGCAUGGUUGGCAUGAAGGAAACGACGCAUGGCGAUACGUCUUUUUCGUAUGUAGGAUCAUUUCAAUCAAUCCUAUAAAAUUGUUGA